GCCGUCCAUCGCUCUUUCCUCCGCACCAGUUCGCUCAGAUUGGCAUACCGCACAGCCAUGUCAUUCCCGCACCAGCCCAACACAGAGCCUCCCAAGGAUAUGGCGGUGUUCAAGAACCUUGCCGGCGUCGCGUCGCUGAGCGAUAAGUUCAGACGCGUCCUCUGGACUGGACGUAACAGCCAGCUCGUUGUAAUGACCAUCCCAGUCGGCGGUGAGAUUGGAGAGGAAAUUCACACCGUUGACCAGCAUCUGCUGUUCCUCUCUGGUAGUGCGGAAGCUAUCGUGAACGGAAAGACGGAUCGCGUCGGUCCGGGCGAUAUCGUCAUCGUUCCUGCAGGAGCGCAGCACAAUUUUAUUAACAAAGGCGAAACUCCACUCAUUUUAUCCACCGUGUAUGCUCCAGCAGAACAUAAGGAAACCACGGUCCAUGAGUCUCUGGAGGAGGGCGAGAGGCUCGAGGAGGAGGGCAAGGACGAGCCCCCAAGCUGGGCACAGGAUCUCCACAAGAAGGCGUGAGCAAGUCUCCGGUAGUCCAAAAAGAAGCCAGGUAGCACCGCAGGAUCACAGGCAAAGGGUACUCGGCAUUGUAACAAGCAAC